AUGUCCUGCAAGUGGCUGUUGCUGGGUCGUCCCACAUGGGCCCCUGCAAAACUUGGGUGCUGGUUUGGAGCCACGACUGUCCUUGAUACCAUUGGUGUCCCGCUGAUCAUCGACAAUCUUCAACUCCCUCUCGAUAUUUCGCCGCCAAGGCAUGCAGCGGAUGCGAUAUCUUCUUCCGCAGAUAAGGUUUUACCGUGGCGAGCAGACUUCUGCCCCCGUGGUAUUCUCGAUGACCCGCAACUCUCCCACACUGAUUAUUCUAGCCGUGAGGCGAUAACGCUCUGGGCUGAAGCGGUAUUUGAAGCAAUGGUUCCCCAGCCACGCGUGCCCACGAGCAACAAAGGCAGCCAGAGAGAUGCACCUGAAAGAGCACAAGGAGCGGGAAAGGCUGCUCAGGAGUCUGACUCCCAAUCGAUGUCAACCCCAACGGCGCGGUCCAGCCAGUCCAUUGCGAAGGGACUGCCCAAAGCAAAUACACAGCCUUCACGAAAGCGUACUCAGUCUGAAAGCAGUACUUCUGCGACUGGAUCGGUUAAAUUCUUCCUCAGCACCUCGACGUUAGUCCAGCUCUAUUUCCGUCCAAUUGCAAUUUGUGAAGAGAAAGGACAAUCUGCGCCACCCAAUGAUAUUUUGUAG